GCUCGUCAGCGCGUCAGCGACCUUUCUCUUAUCGAUUGGUUAGUUCUUUUUGAAGGGGCAGGCGUAUAAACUAAGCAGUUUGAAGUAGAUGGCAGAGACUUUGGGAGAAAUCACAUGUCUGAGGGAUUCAGUUGAGGUCGGCAGCGUGAACKAUUUUUUUGAAUAGCUUUUUGUUUUAGUGAGUUAAAAAUGCAAAGCUGUGCAAAGUCUUGGGGGAUCCUAUUCGCCAAAUCGUUGAAUUCACAUGCACCUUGCAGACAUAUAUCUGGUCAAAGCCGACUUUUUGUGAAACUACAGACUAGAAUCCAAAACCGCAAUGCUUUUGUAACUGUCCGCGGUCUUCGGAUGUCUGCAGUCUAUGCUUCUUCCAGACAGAUAGACAGAAUACUGCCGAGACACGAUGAUUUUGCUGAGAGACAUAUUGGUCCAGGCGAAAGGGAGAAAAGGGAGAUGCUGGAUGUUCUUGGACUUGAGUCAAUCGCCCAGUUGAUAGAAGAUACAGUUCCAGAAUCCAUCCGCAUUCAAAGAAGUAUGAAAAUGGAUGAUCCUCUCUGCGAGAAUGAAGUCUUGGAGCAUCUCCAAAAGAUUGCAUCAAAGAACAAGGUGUGGAGGUCUUAUAUCGGAAUGGGCUACUACAACUGCUCAGUGCCUCCAGUUAUACAGAGAAACCUUCUGGAGAAUUCAGGAUGGGUGACACAGUACACCCCCUACCAGCCUGAGGUGGCUCAGGGUCGCCUGGAGAGUCUGCUCAACUACCAGACCAUGAUCUGUGACAUCACGGGCAUGGCUGUGGCCAACGCCUCUCUGCUGGAUGAGGCGACAGCCGCCGCUGAGGCCAUGCAGCUCUGCCAUAGACAGAACAAGAGAAGGACGUUCUACAUCGACUCACGAUGCCACCCUCAGACGAUUGCUGUGGUGCAGACCAGAGCCAACUACAUCGGGGUCAAGACGGUGCUGAAGCUGCCUCAUGAGAUGGACUUCAGUGGGAAGGAUGUGAGCGGUGUGCUGUUCCAGUACCCAGACACCGACGGCAGAGUGGAGGAUUUCAGCUCUGCUGGCCAACAUGGCAGCCAUGUUUGGGGUGUAUCAUGGACCCCAGGGCUUAAAGCACAUUGCUGAGAGGACACACAAUGCUGCACUGAUACUGGCUGAAGGUCUGAAGCGGGCCGGACACAGGCUGCACAGUGAGAUAUUCUUCGACACGCUGAAGGUUGGCUGCAGUGUGGCAGCCAAGGACAUCCUGGAGAGGGCUGUCCAAAGGGAGAUUAAUCUGCGUGUCUACAGUGAGGGAGUGUUAGGUGUGUCUCUGGAUGAGACCGUGACGGAGAGAGACUUGGACGAUCUGCUCUGGGUCUUUGGAUGUGAAUCCUCAGCGGAGCUGAUUGCUGAGAAGAUGGGUGAAAGGGUGAAAGGCAUUAUGGGUAGUCCUUUCAAGAGGACCAGCAAGUACCUCGUUCACACAGUCUUCAACAGUUACCAUUCGGAGACCAACAUUGUGCGCUACAUGAAACGCUUGGAGAACAAGGACAUCUCUCUGGUUCACAGCAUGAUUCCACUGGGUUCCUGCACAAUGAAGCUAAACAGUUCUUCAGAGCUCAUGCCCAUCACCUGGAAGGAGUUUGCCAACCUUCACCCCUUCUGUCCCCUGGACCAGGCUGAGGGUUAUCAGCAGCUCUUCAGGCAGCUGGAGAAGGAUCUCUGUGAGGUGACUGGCUAUGACAAGAUCUCCUUCCAACCCAACAGUGGUGCUCAGGGAGAAUACGCUGGCCUCGCGGCCAUCAAAGCCUACCUGAACUCUAAAGGAGAGGCCCAUAGAACAGUUUGUCUGAUUCCCAAGUCAGCCCAUGGUACCAACCCGGCCAGUGCCCAGAUGGCUGGCAUGAAGGUGCAGGUGGUGGAGGUGGACAAGGAUGGCAACAUUGACAUGGCAAAUCUCAAGGCACUGGUGGACAAACACAAGGCUAACCUGGCAGCCAUGAUGAUCACGUACCCCUCCACCUUCGGUGUGUUUGAGGAGAGGAUUGAUGAUGUCUGCAAUCUCAUCCACCAGAACGGAGGACAGGUCUACCUGGACGGUGCUAAUAUGAACGCACAGGUGGGCCUGUGUCGUCCUGGUGACUAUGGAUCUGACGUCUCUCACUUGAACCUCCACAAGACUUUCUGUAUCCCCCACGGAGGUGGAGGACCAGGGAUGGGACCUAUUGGCGUGAAGGAGCACCUCGCCCCAUUCCUGCCUAGCCACCCAGUGGUCUUAAUGUCAGCAGGCAACAUGUCCAGCUCCCUGGGCACCAUCAGUGCUGCCCCCUGGGGCUCCAGUGCCAUCCUGCCUAUCUCCUGGGCUUACAUCAAGAUGAUGGGAGCCAAGGGGCUGGUUCACGCCACAGAGGUGGCUAUCCUGAAUGCCAACUAUAUGGCCAAGAGACUGGAGAGCCACUACAAAAUCCUCUUCAAAGGCAGGAAAGGCUUUUGUGCUCAUGAAUUUAUUUUGGAUGUGAGGCCAUUCAAGAAGUCUGCAAACAUUGAAGCGGUGGAUGUGGCAAAAAGGCUACAGGAUUACGGUUUCCAUGCCCCCACCAUGUCGUGGCCCGUGGCAGGAACCCUGAUGAUCGAGCCCACUGAGUCGGAGGACAAGGCAGAGAUGGACCGCUUCUGUGACUCGCUGAUGGGAAUCAGACAGGAAAUAGCAGAUAUCGAGGAAGGCAGGAUGGAUGCCCGCAUUAACCCAUUGAAGAUGGCACCUCACUCCCUGGCAAGCAUCACCUCCUCUACCUGGGACAGGCCCUACUCCAGGGAGUAUGCUGCUUUCCCCCUGCCAUUCGUGAGGCCCGAGACCAAAUUCUGGCCAUCCAUCUCCAGGAUUGACGACAUCUACGGUGACCAGCACCUGGUCUGCACCUGCCCCCCCAUGGAUGUGUAUGAGUCACCAUACGAGGAGAAGAGAGCUUCCUCAUGACAAAUGCCUCCAUUAUACCAGUCGUCAUCAUCACACUUCCAAAUUCUGAAAAUCCAUUGAGUUGUAUCGUACACUGUAGUUUCUGUAUUUCAAUGUUCAACUCUUUUCUGUUGUACAAAUAGUUGCCUUGACUCUCCCUUCGUGACGUUUUUAUCUUCUAAAGUAGCGGAUCGGACUAACACGUAGAUCAAGUUUUAGGGUUUUGUUAAUAUUUGCUGUGUUCUGUGCAUGAAAAUGUUUAAAAUGUGUAUUUUGACACGUUUGCCUAAUCACUUAUACUAGUCUUGAUAUGUACUAUGGAUAGUUUUAAUGAUCUAAGGAAAAUAGUUGUAUUGAACAUUGUCAAUCUUUUCUUGUUCAGUUUGAAGUAGACUUCAGUCAUUUCUUUUCCACAUAAGGAAAUACUGCCAUCUAGAUGUGAAUGUUAAACACCAAAAACGUUCUCACAUGAUUUGUUCUGAGACACUAAUACAUUUGGACAUUAAGAUAUUUCUUAUCUCCAAAACAGACUAAGGUGAUGUUCAUCGAACUAAUUGGGCUGUAAGUAUUAGUUCAAAGAAUGACUUCAGUUCUCUGCCUAUGGACAUGGCAUGAGAACCCCAAGGAAGUUCAUUCCUUUUGUUAAUCCUAUUGGGUGAUCAUCUUUGCUUAGCCUCAAUACAUUGUGACUUACUGUACAACUGGGAACAGUUGUGGGUGCAUUACUUUAAAGUGCUGAAUAUCAACGUAAAGAUUGUUAGACCCAAAAUAGACAACUUGUAAGAUCUACAGCCUGUAUGCGUGAUUAAAUUACACAUCGACUUGUGA